AUGAAUUCAAUACAACCAAGAGCGUUAAGAUUCCUUCAAGCCGCAAACGCGUGUCGCUAUUGGCCAACUGGUCGUGGGAUAUAUCACAAUAAUGCGAAAACGUUCCUCGUUUGGGUGAAUGAAGAAGAUCAUUUGCGAAUUAUUUCAAUGCAAAAUGGCGGAAAUGUUGGACAGAUUCGUGGAAUUCACGGAGAGCACUCCGAGUCGGCUGACGGUGUGUACGACAUCUCAAACAAAGCUCGUUUGGGUUUAACUGAGUUUGAAGCGGUAAAACAGAUGUACGAUGGCGUGAAGCAUCUUAUCGAACUGGAGAAACAAGCUUGA